AAAUUGCGUUCAAUGUAGUGGCGAUUUGAAAUAAAUUCCUCGUUACCAUGGAGGACGAAAUAGAGGAAUGUAUUAGGAAAAAGAUUCAGUGGGCGCAGUUGCCGGGGACUGUGAAAAAAUUGCUUGGGGACUCCCAUAAAGAGUAUGAGAAAUACAUAUUUGAAUUUAGCAUCAAAAACCAGCUGAGGUAUAGGGGAAGUUUGGUGAGAACAGUGUUUAAAGAUGAGAGGAAGUACUAUGAAAAUUUGGUCCACAGCAGCAUCCAGAGGCUCAUACUCUACCCCUAUCACUUAGCUGAUAUGAUUGUUAAAGGUUUAAGGAUAACGCCGUUCAUUUACUACGUAGAAGUGGUUGCGCUGCUCAUAGAGUUAGAGAAGAGUUAUGACACUAUGCCCAACUUUACAGCAGCUGACUGUCUAAGACUUUUAGGUAUAGGACGCAACGAAUACUUAGAGCUAGUAGCGAAAGCUCGUUCCCUAGGGCGCCGUGGACGGUCCAAAGCCAUUCGGGCUUUAUUGCCUAGAGUUCCGAUAAGCAUACCCAUGCAACCCUGGUGGAGAGUCGAACUUGGAUACGUGCUGGAAGAGGAUGUUAAGCCAUUGAGCCAGAGCGAACGGGCCGUGAUAGACUUGCUGAUUGACCGCGGUAGUCAGACCGCCGGCACGCUCGACUACAACGACGUCAAGACCUUGUACAGGCGCGGCCUUAUCUACCUAGAUGUCCCAAUAACAACAGCGGACAAAGUGUCAGUGCCCCCACUGAAAGGGUUUGUAAUGAACCGCGUUGCAGGGGACUACUUCGAAACCUUGCUCUACAAAGUUUUCGUGUCUAUAGACGAGCAUACUAGUGUUGCUGAGUUAGCUACUGUAUUACAGGUGGAGUGCGAGCUAGUAAAGCAAGCUGUAUCACUCUACUGCCGCCUGGGCUUCGCCAACAAUCUUCAACCUCCUCCGGUGGCGCCGCAGCACCCCUCCUGGCGCGAUGCCGUCACCACACACGCGCAUCCACCAUACCGACAAAUAAGCCCACUAACGUUUGACCCUCAUGAGGAGGACACCUUACAAAUGGAACCUGUGCUUAUCAAGCAGGAGCCUUCUACCUCCAAACAGAUAUUUCAACACCAAGAACAAUCAGACUCCCCUCCAAUAGGCGGUAAGCGGGUAGCUGUGUUAUUUGAUUCUACACUGGCCGCCUACCUCAUGAUGGGCAAUCUGUCUCCCGACUUGAAGAGCCACGCUGUCACCUUGUUCGAAGUCGGGAAGCUGUGUGAUGAGAGCCUUGACAGCUUGCUUAUGGAACUUGAUAAGGUAGUAGGAGACCCUGAAAUCGAAGGUGAAGCGCGACGCUACCUUGCUGCUGCGGCGUGUCUGCGUAUAGCCUUAAGGACGUUGCGGCCAAAGUUACGGCCGUUGGAUUUGCUUCGCUGUGAAGCGCUGCACGCGCUUGGCGCUGCGGCACGCACGAGGUUGUUGACUACUAAAUACAGACUGGCGAUCUCGACGGCGCCGCUGUGCCGCGAGGCGCGCGCGGGCGCAGCUGCAGCGGCGCUGGCGCACGUGGGUCCCGCGCCCCAGGAGGCCGCCACGCCUUGGAUGCGGCUAUACCUCUACCACGUCGCGGGCUACGGGCCGCCCACCCUGCUGCUCACUAAAGGCACAUAUCUCCGAUCAGUACCGCGAUUGCUUCUCGGCUUUUCUCGCCUCCUGGUAGUAUUCUGGACGGCGGAGGCCGCUUUGGAGGGGGCGCAAACUGUUGCUGGGGCGCUACCAGCCGCCGCCGCUCUGUCGGCCGCCAACUCUGCUCUUAGACGGGGCCCUGUGAUGCUGCAGGCCGUGGGAGUUAGACAACCUGCGGCGCUGAGGCUCAUCAUGUUCCCACCUGCUGGAGAUCCUGAAUCGCAAACGCUGUGGUCCCGGCAUGCAGGCCUGCGGCGGCUGUCCUCCCGCCUGCGGCUGUGGCGCGGUGCUGGUUACGUCGCGUUAGCCGACAUCGGAGUCCCCGACCUCGGCGUGGCGCAUCCCCCAGCUACCGUGCAACUCCUACCACCACGCAAAAAGAAAGAAAUAUGCGGUAUGGCGAAACCGGUUAGCGAAAUAUCGCUGUUAUCAACUGAAUCGACAGAACAAGCUGAGGUUUUGUCGAAAGAUGCCUCUGAGUCGGCAGAUAAAUCGGGCGAUUUGUCGAGAGUAGCAGCUAGUCGACUUCAGUCGCCAAUAGAGUCACACUUCGCGGUCACACCAACCACCGAAAGUAAGAACGGGUCCCCUGCAAACGGAUUUACUAGUCUUGAAGGUGGCCAACUCCUAUGCGAGGAGCUAGAUAAUCUAGCGAUAAACGAUACGUAUCAGAGUAAAGAAUCAAUCGCAUGCAGCGACGACCUCGUCCCCAUUCAUUCCUCUUCCACUAGCAACGAGGAUUUGAAAGAGAAGGAGCCCAUCUCCAAAGGGACAUCAAUUAGCAAAGAGUCUAUUAACUUCGAAGAACUUGUACCCGUUCAUUCUAAAACAGAGUCGAGUAAUAAAAGAAUAGAGACCCAGUUGAACGAUUUGUUGAGUCCGGCGGAAGAAUCGGUGUCGAUGUUUAGUCAGUUGACUGAUAAGUUGAACGAAAUGACAGAAGGUGAUAGUGGUGUGGACACCGCGCAUAAUUUUUCCGAUGAAGAAACUUGUAAGCCGGAGAAAUGGACAAUAUUAGAUCUUCAGUUCGGAAUUCCAUUGUUUGAUGAAGUAUUAUGCGAAAAAAUAUGCCAAUGUAUCGUAGAAAGGCUAGCAAACCCCGAAUUAUUAGAAAAAGUAAAAGAGGACAAUGAUUUUAUUAGGUCAGACGUUUUGAAAUUUGUGUCACAGUGUCAGUACUACCCCGGCGAAGAAAUGGGUAUAAUAAAAAGAGGCACUUUGGUUCCUUUACCUCGUAAGAACCUAGCCUUUGAGAACGGACGCAUCAGCGAGUGGACCGGCAAAUGAUGUUAUCUCACUCUAACUCGCAUCUUCGAUAUUAAGAGAACGAGUCACGGAUAGUUUUGUCCGUGCAGUUCUGAGCUUUAUUACACGACAUAGUAAAAUCCCGUGUUGUUACUGAAUGAAUGUUUGAUUACACGGCAAAUUCUUUAGCAGUGACUGGCAGUGACUUUCGAAAUCUUGUAUCAUUUGACGUUUUUCCAUGGGAUGACAGAUCGUAAUUGCAAUCAGUUGUCAUUAUCAAAUGUCAAACAAUGCACUAUUACGAUAGACAUAGAAUGUUUGAUAUUAAACAUCAGUUUUAAAGAUGCACACUAUACAUUUUCAGAUGUAGAUUAUAAGUGAAAUUUUUGUUUUACUUCAAUAAAAGUAGUUGUAAUAUCACCUCAAAACCGAUUUAUUGUGUUCUAAUGUUAUUUUUAAUAUGAGAAUGCAUAGUUUUUAUCUAGUUAAAGCCAUAUAAAUAAUCUAGGUCAUAGUCAAUUAAUAUCUUAAUUAUAUCGAGUUCUUAGGUUUUCG